GUAUUUUUGAAGCUUGAUUUUUUUUAUUGAUAAACACGUGGCAAGUCGAUUACACCUUCGUCGAUGAUGGCAAAUACCGGGGCAACCGCAACGCCAUCACUGGGCAUCCGUGUCGAUGUGCAAUCUCAGCUCCCACAAACAAGAAAUGGUAAACGCUUCGUUGCAGACACAUCCCCAUGACUCAAUUGCCAAUCUCCGCGCACUCUCCGACUCCCUCUCAGCUUUCCAAGGCUGCUUCACUGAGCUACACCAACACAUCGAUUCUAUUCGGUCCACAAUUCACUCUGUGCUUCCCCUUCUUACUACUAAUAACACUCCCUUACCCGCAUCAUCUCCGCCACCAACAACAGUAUCCCCAGUCCUCGAACCCGAACCCGAACCCGAACCCGAACCAUCCUGGGAAUCUGACCCCUCUGAAGAAGAAGAAGUGCAAUCGCCUCAUCGCGAAGAUGUGCAAUCCCAUAAUAGUGAAAAGUUUCAAUGCCCUGCUCGAGAAGAAGUGCAAUUCCAUUGUAGUGAAGAGGUUCAACGCCCUCUUUGUUCAAUGCUGGAAUACAUCUGCAAAUCGGGGGCCGGUCGUGGUCUGCGGAGGUACAUGGCAAAGCGAAUCUCAGAUGUGAAUAUACUGCUUGAAGAAGUUCCUAAGGCAUUGAGACUCGCGUGUAAUCCAGCAAGGCUUGUAUUGGAAUGUAUGGGGAAGUUUUAUGAACAGAAGACCAAAGCUUUUCCUAAAGACUUAAGCAAGGCUUCUAUAUUAGGUUUAGAAUGUUUCUUGUUGAUGGGAAUCGACAAGAGUGUCAACAUCGAGAAAAGGGUGAAAGAUGAGGCUGACAAGGCAGCUUUAGCAUGGAGAAAGAGAUUGAUUACCGAAGGAGGUAUACGAAAUGCUAUUAAGAUGGAUGCGCAGGGUUUGCUAUUGCUUAUUGGAUGUUUUGGGAUUCCAGGAGGAUUUGCAAAUGAGGAUAUCAGGGAUUUGCUUCAGAAAUGUCGCAUCAAGCACAUUAAAGGUGCCCUCAGGAGAUCAAAUGUUCUCAUGGCUAAGACUCCAGAAAUAAUUGAGGGGAUGGUAAAGCAAAAUAUGGAAGUUGACUCUGUUCAUGUUGCCUAUACUUUUGGAAUUGAGGACAGGUUUAAUCCUCAGAGACUUUUGACAUCAUUUUUACUAGAUUCUGAAGAGUCGCUGAAGAAAAUGAAGGAAAACAAAGAUUCACUUGCUGCAAUGGAUGAAGCAAAACAGAAGCAUUUGUUUGCGCUGACAUCUGUCAGCAAAUGUUUGAAACUCCACGAUAUUGAAGCUUCAAAACUUCUUCCUGGGUGGAAAAUCGAUGAGAAAAUAAUGGCCUUGGAGAAUGAAAUUGGUGGAUUUGAUAAGCAGACAGGUAGGCAAAUGGCACAAAAGCGAAAAAAUGAUGAAACUGGGUCGUCAAGAUGGUCCAGAAAUAGAGAAGCAAAACGUUCACGUUUUUUGCCAUGGCUACGACAGCAAAGAGUUAAUGAUCAUGUUAAUAUCAACAACACCUUGGUAAAAGGUCGAACUACUGGCCACCGUUAUGGUCAUACUGUGUUCUCAUCGGUAUUGCAUGGACCUGCUGCAGGCUCGAUACAUGAAAAUGUUGCUGGUUCACUUGCAGGAACUGUCAGAGGUGUGGCCAUGGGUGGAACUGGAUCAGGUAUAUCAGCAAGUGCCAAUAAUAUUCAUGCAGGUAUAGCAGCAGGCACUGAUGUUGUUCAGCAAGGAGGUUCAUAUGCUGGAGGUCAUGGAGGGACUCUAGUUGAUAGUACACCAGGGCAAAUAGGGAGUCAUGCUGGUCAGUUAUAUGGUCGGCGUGGGGAUGCAGCUGUAUAUGAUAGACCGGACUCAAGCAACUAUGCUUAUAGGCCAUCAUCUUACUUGGAAGACUCCAAUGGGUUGCAAAACAGCCAACUCGGUGCUGCUUCUAGGCCACCAUACUUGGAAGGUUCUGCGGGUGUGCGAAACACCACGCAUAGUGAUGCUUAUAGGCCACCACCAUACUUGGAAGGCUCUACGGGGUUACCAAACACUACGCAUAGGCCACCACCAUACUUGGAAGGUUCUUCACAGUUGCCAAAUGCCAUACCUGGUUAUUCUGCUCGCCAGAGCUCUGCUUCUGGUCAUCCUUCAUCCCAUUUAUACAGGCCGAGAUAGUUAUCUCAGUUCCGCAUAACCCACAGCUCUCCCCCCCCCCCCCCCGCCGCCCCCGGGUUUUACUCUUUUUUCUUUUUUUUUUUUGGGUAUAAUCAGAGUUCUAUAUGGUCUCUUAAGGCAGUCUCAGAAUUGUGUUCGUUAGCUUACUAGUAGUUUUAGACUUUGUAGGUUUUGAUUCUUAUUUGGAUUCUGCCUAUUAGAACUAUAGUUGUUGGGUGUGUUGUAGGAAAAGUAAAUUAUAAUCCUACUUUUUCUUAAUCAUAUGAAUCCUUAUGACAAUUAAUAUGACGAGUGUAUCUACACGGACUGUUUUAAGUUCAAAAA